AUGCUCUUCACGUUCGCUCUUGCCUUCUGUGCUUUGGCAAUUCAAGCACUUUCUCAGUCUAUACUGGAUGCUACCUCACCAUGGCCUCCAGGUCCAGGACAGGACCUUGUACCACAGGAACCAGACGCGGAGCUCGCACAAAUACUUAGCCAGAUAGACCCCAACCGAAUCCAGGCAAUUAUCGAGAAACUCGUUUCUUUCGGAACCCGACACACACUCUCCAAUCAGACAGAUCCAGUACGAGGUAUCGGAGCUGCUAGAGACUGGAUUGCGUCAGAGAUGCGCACAUAUGCUGCUGCAUCAAACGGCAGAAUGGUAGUCACAGUCCCGAGCUAUGUGCAACAGCCUGUUUCAGGGCUAGUACCCAAGGCUACGGUGAUCAGCAAUAUUGUUGCGACUAUCAAUGGAUCUGUUGAACCCAACCGUGUCUACGUUGUCUCUGGACAUUACGAUUCCCGGGUCACUAAUAUUCUGAAUUUCAUGGACGACGCUCCAGGUGCCGACGACGAUGGAUCGGGAGUCGCAGUAUCGAUGGAGUUGGCGAGAGUUAUGGCUACACAUCAGCCAGCAGCAACGAUCAUGUUUGCAGUAGUUGCAGGCGAGGAACAGGAUCUUUUUGGUUCCAACUUCAUGGCUACCACUCUCAAACAACAGGGAGCGGACGUUCAGGGAAUGUUGGACAACGAUAUCGUGGGCAGUUCAACCGCAGAUGACGGCACCAUCGACACGACUGAUAUACGCAUGUUUGUUUCCGGCCUUCCUCCAUCCAACACCGCCCAACAGAAUUUGAAUCUUGCUGCGAUUGGAGGCGAGAACGAUUCACCAGCUCAUCAGUUAGGAAGAUUUAUAGCUGAAGUAUCCCAGAAUUCUGCUACCCAAAUGAACGUGAGGACUAUAUUCCGGCCGGACCGCUUCCUGAGAGGAGGCGAUCAUGAAUCAUUCCUGGACCAGGGAUUCCCCGCUGUGCGAUUUACUGAGCCUCACGAGAACUUUGCUCACCAGCAUCAGGACGUACGAGUGUCCAAUGGUGUCCAGUUCGGUGACCUCAUCGAAUUCGUCGACUUCAAUUUCACUGCCAGUGUUGCCAAAGUCAAUGGUGCUGCAUUGUGGUCACUGGCACAAGCCCCUGGAACCCCGAAAGGGUUGGUCAUCGACACCAGCACAUUGACCAAUAAUUCCACCUUACGCUGGACCGAGGAUCCAAAUGCCGCAGGAUACGAAGUGGUUUGGAGAGAGACUGAUCAGCCACAAUGGCAAAAGGUUAUAUCUGUUGGGAAGGUUAGCUCUGUUACUGUGCAACUCUCGAAGGACAAUGUGCAGAUGGGGGUAAGAGCGGUGGGCAGCAAUGGAUUCAAAAGUCCAGCCGCAUUUCCCAUGCCUAACUGA